UCAGCAUCCAUCCAACCCUCCCAGACUACAUGACCGCAAACGUUAACCUUGACCGCCGAGCCGAGUUCAUCAACGAGGCGCAAACCAUCUACUCCAUCGUAACAACAAUCUACGCUUCCACACAAUCAACAUCUUCAACCGAGGCUUCAUCACCAAUAGUCACCGAAGUCAUUACCGUGUCCCCUGAGUCUGGGGUCGGAACAACAAUACAAACAAUUUUCAGUACCGCAACCGACUCUACGACAUCAGAUGACGACACACCUACAACUACUUCCGAACAACCCAACGUCGUCACAAUAACAGAAACCCGCCUCGUCUCAACAAUGCGUAUGACAUCAGUAGCGACACAAACAUCUACCUAUAAUGACAAUAACACGGGAGGUUUGUCUACGGGCGCUAAGGCCGGGAUUGGGGUUGCGGUGCCCAUUGGCGUUGCUAUCAUCGCGCUUUUGAUAUUUGCUUGGUUCCAAAGGCGUAGGAAGAGGAAGCAACUGGCCGGUGAUACCAGUAACAAUGAGGAAAGCGGACAGGCCACAACGGUACAGCAUGCGGAAGGCAAGGGUCCAAGUAUGGCCCAGAACAUUAUGACUGUACUCCCCGAGAUCGACGGCGCACCACUCAACGAAUCUGAUAGUCGGCCUGUACAUAAUUCGGCCGAUCGGCCUGUAUUCGAGUUGAGUACUGGGUCGGUUCGACGGCCGAGGCGGGAUGAUCCACGGGAUGUAUCUGCAGCUGUUGGGGUAGAUGGACUGAAUGCUAAGCAGGGUGCUGUGGGUGGUGGGGUCGCAUCAUCAGCCUCGGCUACUUUGGGUGAAGCGCGGGCUGAGUUAUCUUCUGAUGGCGUUCGAGACGGGGAGUCGACAGCGUCAGUAGUAGCGUAUGAAAGGAUGAGUUCGUCAGAGCUGCAGGAGGAAUUGGCUAGAGUGGCGAGGAGUAGAGAGCGAUUACAAUACUUACAGACUCUAGAGGAAAGAGAGGAUAUGAUCCGGAGGGUGCUUGCAGGGCAUGGGGAGGAUAAUGUGUCGAGGGCCGAGAGUCGGGGAGAGGGUGGUAGUGGGUGA